CGUGCACUAACUCGGAUUUGGAUUUCCGAAACGCGCAAGUACUGCGAAUGAACCGGCACGCGGAAAUUCGCAUGGUAGGGAUGAAGUCUGAUUGUGCGCACCAGCGCGUACCAUCAUCCCUUCCAGUUUCUUCGGUCCAGUGUGCGUGUUCAUCUCGAUGUGUCCACCGUCCGGAUGACGAGCCGUCUGCCGAACGAGCGUGAAUCUAUUAUCCAUUUAACACAUUUCGGAUAGGAUGGUGCACUUCAGUUGCUGAUAACCCGGGCUUGAAUUUGGCAGCAAACAAGGCGGCUUCGAGUGUGGGCAUGUGAUCAUGCCAGCCGGUGCGCGGUAGAAGUUCAACGGGUUGCCAGGAACGCUGUGUGAUCGGUGACGAUCGGUUGGCAGUAGUACGGCAGUACGGUCGGCUGCUUCCGGAAUGCUGAUCGUGUGUGUGUGUGCGCGCGUGUGUUUGUGUGUGAGUGCGUGAUUGAUCAGUGAGUGACAAUUGACGACCCCGAGGGCAACAGGAACGGGGGGCCAUGCUAAACGGAAGUACCGUGCAGCCCCCGAUGGCCGACGCCCGCAUGGCAAUGGAGUCCGACGGGGCUGCCCUUAACCUGACCGAGACGGAGGUGAUAAUGGAAUUGAUUGGAAAUUUUCUCAACUUCUACUACAUGCCACUGCUGGUGGUGGUCGGCAGCAUCGGGAACAUUCUGUCCGUGCUGGUGUUCUUCAACACGAAGCUGAAGAAGCUGUCCUCGUCGUACUAUCUGGCCGCGCUCGGUAUCAGCGACACGUGCUAUCUGGUCGGGCUGUUUGUCACCUGGCUGAGCUUCUUCCAGGUUCACAUCUACACACGUGAGCCGUACUGCCAGCUGUUUACGUAUACGAGCGGCGUCAGCAGCUUCCUGUCCGUGUGGUACGUGGUGGCCUUCACGUUCGAGCGUUUCAUCGUGGUGCGGUAUCCGCUGAAGCGGCAGAGCUGGUGCACGGUGCGGCGGGCGAAAACUAUCAUCGCCUGUCUCACGAUGGUCGGCAGCGUGCACAGCGUGCCGUACAUCUUCUACGCCGGCACCCAGUACUCCGAGCGUAGCAAUGUCACCAUCUGCGACAUGCGGAAGGAAUACACGUCGCAAAUGGAAAUUUUCAACUACAUCGAUACGGUGAUAGUGUUUGUCGUGCCGUUCACCAUAAUCGUCGUCCUGAACUCCGUGACCAGCUUCACCGUGUGGCGUUUCGCUGGACUGCGCCGUAACAUGACCCUGCCCAAAAGAAAACCAUCGAAUUUAGAGAUCCGACGGCAGCUAAGCUUCCAGUACUUUUCCACCCAUCCCAACGGACGGAACGGCAUUCUGAGGCGCACUAGCAUGAGAGAAAACCGGAUGCUACACUCUCAGAUGAAGGUCACCAAAAUGCUGCUCAUCGUGUCCUCGGUGUUUGUGUGUCUCAAUCUGCCGAGCUACGUCAUGCGCGUUCGGGCAUUCGUUGAGACGGGCCACUCGUAUCUGACCGUGCUGGUGCAGUACUAUUGCUACUUAUUUUUCAUCACCAACUUCGGGAUCAACUUCAUACUGUACUGCAUCAGUGGGCAGAACUUUAGGAAGGCUGUGAUAGAAAUGUUCCGCAGACAUCGCAAGAGUCGGGUAAACCAGGAACCGAUCAGCGGUUGCGGUACUCAAUCAGAACUGUUGCGAGCAUACGGAAAUCUUGCACUGAGACGCACCAGCACACCGAUGCUGUCUACCACAACGACCACCACAACGAAUCGCACGGCCGAAACCAUGCUGUGGAAGGACUACGCGGACCCACCGAUCAUGAACCUUCCCUAAGGCUGACGAUGGUUGAACGAGUGCUGAAAAAUGAAAUCGGUUUCCUACAGUACUUCGCAUCGGUACAGUUUAAAGAGCGAGAGAGAGAGAGAGAAGUAUUAUUAAUUUUUAGAAAGAUAGCCCAACCGUUUUUAUAAGCCGAAACUUAUUUACUGAAUUUGUAUUGCUGUACUGAUGAUGUGGCAUGCGCCAGGAUCAAAUGGGUAUGCGUGAAUGAGAUAAGCACAUUAAAUGUGCUCCCGCGUGUCUGCUCUGUUAGGCCCACCCUUGAUGAAAGGGGACAUGAUGUGUUACAAUGUAACGACAUACACACUUAACGUCGCUUUAUGUGUGAGCAACAUGGUAUAGAAUGGAAUAUAUAUUUAACAACAACAACAAAAAAAAA